CCAGUACAAGAGCAGUACGGGUGUGGUGGACAUAGUGGGCGGGGGUACGGGCAGUAGGAAAGAGGCGAUGAGGGGCUCUGAUCAAUGGACGGGUGAGCAUGCUGAGGGUGAUGCCAGAGAGCAGGAAAAGCGACUGAAAGCGAAGGGGGAAAAGGAGGGGACGGAGGAGGAGAAAGAAGGAGAAGAAGAAGAGGAAGAGGAAGAGGAAGAGGAAGAGGAAGAGGAAGAACACGAUGAGGAAGGGAAGAAUGGGGAGAGCGAACGGAUGGGGCAGUUUGAUGAUAGGGAGGAAGAAGAGCGUGUGGGAGAUGGCGGGGCUGGUGGGUGUAGCUAUGGCAUGUUUCGCCCUGCCUCCCCUUGCGAGCCCCUCUCCCUUCUGCUCUCCGCAGUGUCGGCCUUUCAGCAGCUGGACUCGCAGCAACCCACACACGCUGACAAACGCAAGGGGCAGCCAGACGCACGUGAGGGGAAAGAGAGGGAGGACAGGGAAGUGGGUGCGUUCACAGCACGGGGCAGUUAUGGAGAGAAGGAGGAGGAAGAGGAGGAAGGGGAGGAAGAGGAGGAGGAAGAGGAGAAGGAAGAGGAGGAGGAAGAGGAGAAGGAAGAGGAGGAGGAAGAGGAGGAGGAAGAGGAGAAGGAAGAGGAGAAGGAAGAGAAGGAAGAGGAGGAGGAAGAGGAGGAGGAAGAGGAGGAGGAGGACAAGAACUGGAGGGGCAGGAGGGUUGGGAGGUAUGAUGGUGUUGACGAUUUGAAAGAGAGUGUGGAGGAUAGGGAUGGCCCUGGCGUCGUGGUGAAUGGGGAGGGUGGGGAGGAGGACAGCUGUCGAACCAUGUGCGUGCCGACCACCACACCUGCUUCUGCUGAUGCCGCAUUUGCUUCUGCUGCUGCUGCUGCUGCCGACGCUGCUGCUGCUGCCGCCACGGCUGCAGCCGCUGCAGCUGUUGCUGCAGAUGCAGCAGCAGUUGCGGCUGCUGCAAGUGGCAGCAUGCUGCAGAGACAGGCAGGAGGUCAGGGGCCUGCAGGCAAGCACAGCGCAACUGACAGCAGGGCUGACAAGGUUGCAGGAAUGCCAGAUGGCCCGGCAGGGCAGUGGAGGGGCUUGGAGCCACAGGAGGAGGGCAAGGAGCAGGCGCGAGAGGGCAGGGAAGAGGGAGGCACACGUGGGAGAGGUGGCCGGCAAGGAGGCACGGAGGCAGCAGCAGUUGCAGGCGGAGUAACGGGCAUGGCGGUAGCAGGCACAGUGAGCGACGAGGCCAGUGUAUCUGGAGGCGUUGCUUCUGCUGCUGCUGCUGCUGUUAAUGUUGGUGCUGCUGCUGCUGCUGCUGUUACUUCUGGUGCUGCUGCUGGUGCUGCUGUUGGUGCUGGUGCUGCUGGUGCUCCUGGUGCUGCUGCUGGUGCUGCUGAUGCUGAUGCUGCCGCUGGUGCUGUUGCUGGAAGUGCUUCUUGCAGCGGCAGUGGGCGGGCAGUGCAGGCAGAGCAAGAGCCUGUGGUGGUGUGGCUCAUGGGUCGACCUCUACUCAGGGGCUCCCGCCCUUGCUCUCCCUCCCCUGCCUCCUCAGCCCCUCGCGCCACCCCUCCUCCUGCUGCUGUUGCUGCUUCCCCUCCCAAUCCUCCUGCGCCUGUGUCUGUGUUUCCACCCAUGUGUGCCUCUGCUCUUGCUGUCCCACCUGCCACUGCACCACCCACCUCCUCUUGCCUUACUGCCGCUGCCCUUGCUUCCCUGAGCACCAGCACAGCUGCUGUCGAUGUUGCCGCACCAUCUGCUGCUGCUCUCACUGCUGCUGCCUCGCUGGCUGCUGGCCUCUCUCCCCCCUCUGCUGCACGUGCUGGCUCGCCCCUCAGAGCACCUUUGGCGCUCACCCGUCCCCACAUGGCUGGCAGCAUUGCUGGACUGGGGGGGGUGAGAGGGCAGCAUGUGGCGGCUGCAACAACAGCAGCACAAGCAGGUGCAGUGGAGACAGCAGGAGGCGCAGUGAGAGCAGAGACGAGUACAGUACCAGUGGCAAGUGGGCCGGCAGCAGCAGUAUCAGCAGCAGGCGCAUGGGCUGCAGUAGCAGUACCUAACGACCCCCGUAUGACAUCAAGCUAUGCUCCCAUGCCUUACUCUCAAGCCAUGCACGUCCACAUGGAGGCACAUGCAUCAGCAGCACACAUGCAUGUCCCCGCAUCACACGCCCUUCCACACAUUCACCAGCGCCACCCUGCCUUACAUCCACCGGCCCCGCCCCUUUCUUGUCAUUCCAAUGCGCAAGUCACCUUGCGUGAGUGGCCCCACGCAAGCCCGCAUUCUUCCCACGCUGCAGACCAAACGUCGCACCUCUCAAUGCCUCGCCCCUCCCCCCUCUCCCUCUCUGCCCUCACUGCUCGUCCUGCAUCGCCUGCACCUACUGGCCCAGCUGGCAGCCUCUCUCACGAGCUGGGGCGUGGGGAGGGAAUGGGGGAGGGAGCAUUGGGUUUGCGCCUUGUGGGCACCGCUGGUGAACCUGUAGGCCCACACUCACGACCCUCGCAUGGGAAUGGUGCUGCAGCAGCAGUGAGAGCAGCAAAGGCUGCAACAGCAGCAGCAGCAGUUGCAGUGAGAGGGGCGUCUCUAGAAGCAGUGCCAGCGGAUGGACGAGCUGCAAGCACAGCAGCAGUGGCAGGGGGGACAGCAGUGGGAGCAUGUGGUCGGGAGCAAGGGUGGGGAGGCGGUGGAGGAGAGAUGGGGAGAAGGUUUCGCCCUGGCGAAGUGGUUGUGCUAGAUGACUCUCCACCCUGCUCUCCCACACACAGCCAUGCGGGGUCGAGGGCAGCAGCAGCAGCAGCAGCAGCAGCAGGAGCCACAUGCAUGGGCAAUGCGGCAGUUGCAUCCAGCACUGGGCCUGACGUGGCUGCUGGUGCUGCUGCUGCCACCCAUCUGAACCUCAACCCAACGGCCCCAAAACCCGCCUCCUCUCUUGCCUCCCCUCCUCUUUCCACUCAACCCCUCCCACGCCUCAAUCUUCCUUCUUUCAGGCCUUCCCUACUUUCCCAUCCUAAACUCCAUCCUGGACUCACCAUUCUCCCCCUUCCCGCCUUCGCCUCUCCACCCUUCGAUAGCCCUGCACCCCCGUCAUCCUCUCUUUCGCUUGCGCCCCCUCUUGUGGCCCCCCCUCCGCACACUCUCCCUGCCUCUUCCCCUCCUGCCGCCCAGCCCUCUCUCCCAGCAUCCACGGGUGCAGGGGGGCAUGAGAAUGGCCAGGGCAAGGCAGGGCAGGUGGGUGAGUGGCGAGGCGGGGAGGGGCAGGCAGCGGAGGAGGGGAUGGGUGCUGGCUCUGGUGGUGGGCAUGCAGGGAGGGCGGCACAUGUUCCGACUCACUCAGUGCGCAGUAGUGUGUCCCGUGGGCCAGGCGCUACCAUUCAUCCAGGGACCAGCUCUCGUGGCACUCCUGCCUGUCUUACUGAUGUCUUGGGUUAUUCUCGAUUGCGAUCCGUACAGUCAUUGCCAGCACCAGCACAGGUGCCAGCAGCUGCAGGGCCAAUGGCAGCAGUUGCAGCAGCGCCAUCACCAUGUGCCUCCACAAUAGCUCCUUCCUCCACAGCACCCCCCUCACCUGCAGACGCCUCUGCAGCACCUCCGUCACAUAACCCUCGCACUCCAGCUUCACUGGGCCUGCACAUGCUAGGGCCUAUGCCUUUUCCCAGAUUACCAGCGCCAGCACCAUCAAGAGCAGCAGCAGUAGCAGCAUCAGCAGCAGCAGCAGCAGCAGGUGGAACAGCCGCACCCAACAGCAAAUAUGAUGGUGGCCGAGGAUCAGCGACCCCAGCAGGCAUGCGGAUGGCAGGCAGGAUGGGCAGUCACAAAAACAAUCCUGCUAUGGCUGGCAGCGCUGUAAUGGCUACUCACGGUGGCACCAGCAGCUAUCACUCUGGCCAGUACUUUUCAUCAUCUACGACACGUCAGCAGCAGUUGGAUGCUCUGGUGCGCGACGUGGCAUCUGGUCGGCUGUCUGCAAACCAGAUAUCUAGUGCUGUUGAUUCUCUGUUCGGCGAGUGAUGAAUGGGAAUCACCUGUGUGAUGCCGGUGUGAUACCACAGGGAGCAGUAUGGAGGGCGCAUGCACAUUUGACUGUACAUGCUUGAUGACAGUAGUACCGGUAUGCCAAACCACACCAGCACUAAAUUCCUUGUAGCAUUCAGUGUUCUAAGAUUUCUGAGUUAGACACGACGAGUGUAAAACUGAGAAUCAUUCAAUUCAUUCCAUUUG